AUGGCUCUUGGAUCACUCCAGUCGUUGCAUCGCCGCUUUGCUCGAGAUCCCAAGGUCGCUCAUGCGUAUCGAGAAUUUCUGAAGGAGUACGAGGACCUAGGGCACAUGGUUCGAGUUCCAGAGUCGGAGAUUCGGCGUGAAGCUGAUAUAGUUAAGAUGUUUAGGCAGAUCAAAGUGCAGCGCGAGGAUCAAGACUUUCAGAGGAUCGUUUGGGCUCCUACGGCUGAUUCACCUCCUGUCGAUUAUCGCUUAACGACAGUCACUUAUGGGACGGCUUGUGCUCCAUUUUUAGCUAUUCGCACGCUGCAACAAUUAAUAGAAGACGAGGGCGCUCGAUUUCCUCUCGGUGCUGAAUGCCUCAAAUCCGAGACAUAUGUGGACGAUACUUUCGCUGGAUCGGACGAGCUUUCCACUGCGGUGCAGAAAAGGGUCGAGCUUACUAAGCUCUUAGGCUCGGCAGGUAUUUAUCUUGACAAAUGGGCUGCUAACCAUCCAGAGCUGCUUCCUCCACAGACAGGACAGGUCCCGGCAAAGGAGAUCGAUAUGGAUGAAUCAGUCAAAACACUCGGCGUUCACUGGAAUCCUGCUCAGGACAAGUUUUGUUUCUCCGUUUCAGAUAUCACCGAGCUGUCGAAGGCUUCGACUAAGCGCUCCAUUCUCUCCAAUAUAGCUCGUUUGUUUGAUCCACUCGGGUGGCUUUCGCCAGGUACAGUAACUGCGAAAGUCUUGAUGCAAGACUUGUGGAUCCAGAAGUGCGACUGGGACACGCCUUUGCCAGAGGAUUUUCGCGAGCGAUGGUGGUUAGGCGUCACUUCCACUCGUUCGUACCAGCUACACGGUUUCUCGGACGCUUCUUCUCGAGCUUAUGCUGCUGCUGUAUAUCUGCGAGUCGACAAGGGAGACGGCACAUUCAGUGUGUCUCUUCUAGCUGCCAAGACGAAGGUUUCUCCGGUAAAGAUGCAUCCUUGUCAUUGGAAGACCUUCGUUGCAAAUAGGGUGUCGUACAUUCAAACCGAGUUGCCGUCUGCAACAUGGGCGCACGUACCUACUAAGGAGAAUCCAGCGGAUUUGGCAACUCGAGGUUCUGGACCAGCGGAGCUAGCAGGGACUACUCUGUGGUGGCAGGGACCUAGCUGGCUUUCACAAGCUCCGAACGAGUGGCCACAGCCAGCAGAGACUCGGCGAGCGCUCCAUACGAAGAAGGUGCCGUCGGAACCGGAGCUGUUGACCAGAUUUUCUUCGUUGUCCCGCAUAAUUCGGGUCGUUGCGUUUGCUAGACGUCCUAUUCUUAAUCAUCGUAGGCAAAAAGAGGCUCAAGAACCGCUUCCUGAAUUUCUCACGCUGUCAGAGUUGGCAGAAGCGUUGAAGGCUGGAGGGAGAUUGCCGAAAGGCAAUCGGCUCAGUAAAUUAAAUCCUUUUAUUGGCAAGGACAAUAUUUUGAGAGUAGGAGGUCGACUGUCUCACUCCAGCCUGUCCUUCGAUCGCAAGCAUCCACCGAUUUUGUCGCAGGAUUCAGCUCUCAGUCGCUUGUUCGUGUAUUCUGCUCAUCGACUUUGCUUGCAUGGUGGACCUACUUUGACUUCUAGCGUUCUGAUGCAGCAAGUCUGGAUUGUGGGCAGGAAGCAGUUAGUCAAGUCCAUGAUUCACAAUUGUGUGACGUGUCAGCGGGUCAAACCUCAAUCAGCACAGCAGUUAAUGGGAGAUCUCCCCGCCGAUCGAGUGCAUGCUAGUAGGCCGUUUUCGAUUUCAGGUUUAGACUACGCUGGUCCCAUUCAGGUUCGCACAACUAAGGGUCGUGGACACAAGCCGUAUAAGGGGUACAUCGUUGUCUUUGUUUGCUUUUCCACCCGAGCGAUUCAUUUGGAGCUGGUGAGCGAUCUGACGACAGCCACUUUUAUCAGUGCAUAUCGUCGAUUCGUUGGUAGGCGAGGGGUGUGCCAGAAGCUCUACAGCGAUAACGCCACCAACUUCCAUGGAGCAGACAACGAGCUGAAGGCGAUGUUCCAGCGGGCGUCGGAUUUUUAUCAAAAGGUUGCCUCGGUUCUAGCAAAUGACGGAACGGAGUGGGUGUUCAUUCCUCCUAGCGCUCCACAUUACGGAGGUUUGUGGGAAGCUGGUGUGAAGUCCGUAAAGCACCACUUGAAGCGGGUCGUAGGGGAGCACACUCUCACGUUUGAGGAGCUUUCGACAGUUCUCGUUGAGAUAGAAGCGUGCCUUAACUCUCGUCCAUUAGGGGCUUUGACUUCGGACAUCGAUGACCUCCAUGCGUUGACACCCUUUCACUUUUUGACAGGAAGUGCCUCAGCGUUGAUUCCUGAUGAUGAUUCGCCAGACGUGCCUCUGAAUCGUUUGAGUCGUUUUCAGUUGCUCCAGCGGAUACGUAACCAGUUCUGGAAUCGUUGGUCGUCGGAAUACCUCCUCCAUUUGCAGCAGCGAGAAAAGUGGCGGAAUCCAACAGAGAAUUUUUGUGUAGAUAAGCUCGUUCUUAUCAAGGAUGAUCGUUAUCCUCCAUCCAAAUGGCCGUUAGGACGAAUCGUUGAGGUCCAUCCAGGUCCAGAUGAUCUCGUCCGUGUGGUUACAGUGAAGACUGCUACCACUUCUCUUCGUCGUCACGUUGCUCGUCUUUGUCCGUUGCACAUCGAGGAAGGGGCUAAGAAGACUUGA